AAUGCGUCGAUAGGCCCUGUGAUACUUCGGAUAAAUAGAUUUUACAAGAACGAGCCUGAUUUAAAACAGGGAAAAACGAAAGAAAAGAGGGGGAAAAGAAAAAAGAUUUUGUGUGGUAUUUGCAGGAUAUAGAAUGUGAACGCGUGCAUUACUUAACCUUAGUUUCCGAGAUGAAUUGAUUAAUCAUAUAGCUGAUACUAUCUUAACGGCGUUGUAAAAUAUUAUGUUUGUAGGUCACCACGAGAAUGCAGGUAAACACAUGCAUUUUCAAAACAGGCAUGUUUACAAAUUGCGUGAAUUUGUUUGCCUUGGAUUUAUGACUGAAAAAUUCCUGUAAUGUUGGGAUGUUAUCGUAUUGUAUGACAUUUUAAUGAUAUGAAAUUCAGAAGUGUUAUUAUUCAGGUUUACACUGUUGAUAUGACUUAUUAAAUGUCAUGAUUUAAAAAAGUUAUAUUGAUUAUGUGAAAACAAAGGAACUUUAUUGGUUUGUGGAGUUAAACCUGGUCAAGGACUUAACAGGGAUCGUCGAGUAACGUAAGGUUGGAUGCUGCAAUGGAUAUCCGUGUGAGAAAACUUAGGAACGGUGAAAAAGUGGAAUCUUUAAGUCGAUCUUAUCCCACCAGCGGAAAACCAAGCUGUUUUCCACAGUGCUUUAACACUAGUACUGAAAGCAUAUCGUCUGACAGAUGCAGAUCACCGAAACUUGGACAAUAUCGAAAACUCCCGACCAAAUCCGAAUGUGACGUGUGUCAGAUUUUCGAUAAAAAUGCUGUUAACCUUAAAUGUCUGCAUACAUUCUGCCCAGGGUGUCUUGAAAGACAUAAGAUAUCAAAAAAUGGAUGCCCGGUUUGUGUAAGUACUGUUGAGGACGGCGAACGGGGUUAUUACUCGACUACAGAAGAAAAGUGCGGUCCCCUCACAGACGACUUUAUCUUUGACGAUUUAGAAAACGAACGCCCCCAAGAGGAAUCUUUGGAUGCCCUUGUUGACAAGCUUGAAUUCGAAGUAUUAUCUAACCUUGAAGAUAGGCAAAGUGCGGUUCAAAGAGAGAUCGAGCGAUUGCAUGUUGAUGUGGACAAAGAGAUCAUAAAGAUACGAGAAUAUGUGCAAAACCUGAAGGUCUUAAUAGAUAAAAGGGCUGAAGUAAUGAUUAAAAAUGCAUACGAUAGCAAAGCUAGACAUAGUGCUGAAUUAGCGAGACAGAAGAAGGUCAUAGGGGACUUCAUAGAUAGGGUCAAAGAGUGUGUUUACAAACAUCGUCAUGCUACAGACCUGUAUUCUUUAAGUGACGUUGAAACUAAGAAGAAAAUUGACAGUUCUGUUAGAAACUUGAUAACACUUUCGGAACAGGUUACAGAAGAGAAUGUCCACAUCAAAUGUACAUCAAAAACUUUAUCUGAUGCAACACUCGAUUUUAUGGGAAAAGUUGGCGUACGAGUGUUCCUUGCUCAGCCCAUUGUUGUAAAUUUGUUUCGAACUUUUGAAUUCCCCGGUGCCGUACACAGUAUUUGUCCGGUAAAUAAUCGAGAGGCUUGGAUAGGGUACCAGAAUUUCAUUCAGCUUUGCUCAAAGUCGGGCCGUCAUGACCGACCAUUGAAUGUCGGCGAAGAUGUUCAUGAUAUCGCUUCGGAUACGAAAGGGAACAUUUUUAUUGCCUGUCACUCAAGUGUAAAGUGUUUAGAUACGUCUCGUAACCUGAAAACAUUGUUCCAGUGUCGGAAAACUCCACAAGGAAUAGCUACUUUUGAAAACGGAAAUAUCGCAGCUUGUAUCGGGAACGAUGUGGUUGUAUAUGACACUGAAGGUAGUUUAGUUUGCGUUCUUGGAGAUCCAAACUCCUGUGAUUUAAAAAUGCCGUAUAAAGUUGCGAUUAAUAACAACGGAGACGUGUGCGUAUCCGACUACCAGUCGAGUGCUGGAGAAGUUGUUGUGUUUGAUAGUGGCGGGAGAGUUAAAGCUAAGUUAAGAACAGAUGGCAUGGCGCCACGUGGUGUAGCUUGCAGUAUGCAGGGGAUGAUAUAUGUCGCUGAUUUUAGAGCGGACAGAAUUAAUCUGUAUUCAACACAAGGCCAUUUCCUAAACACGUUAUUGAGCGGAAACGCGGAUGGGCUCUCUGGUCCUAUGAGUAUAGCGCUAGACGAAGGUGGGGACCUGUGGAUUGGGGACUGGAAAAGAAAGGUUCGAGUUUAUAACCAGUCAAUCAGCAAAGACGACGACUAUGCAGACUGAAAUAUUUACUUUAGUAAGAUUAUGCACAUCACGAAAGGACCACUAUAUUGAAUUUAAAUUCUAUCAGCUCAGUAUUCUCUGAUAUAUCUCUGUGUUUACCAAUUUGAAUUUGAUGUACAUCUGAAGGAUAUAAAAUGUCUAUUUUAUAGGUUAUUUUUUGACAAAGUGCGUUCUGGCUACAGUGCGGUCAUUGACAACAGAUGAAUAUUACCAUUAAACAUAUUUGACACAUAUGGAAUAUGAAGUAUUGAUACAUUUGUCAACCAUUAUUUAUGAACAUACUUUGCUGUAGACAUUUUGGCGUCGUGGGCGAUACAUAAGCCUGUUCGUUAACAACAUCAGUUUCAUUUAAACCGUUACUUUGAUCUAUGAGGUAAUUUGUCUAUAGUGUUCAGUUUGAAGAAAAGUAUAUAACAGGCCACGAAAAUAAUUGUUUCCAUAUGCGUAGCACAAUAAUUUCCAUUGUUGUCAGCAGGGAGUGGGGGGAGUACGAGAACACUGUAGAAUUUGGUAUUUAAAAUUGGAUUGUAGGAAAAAGGAUAUUUAAAAAAUGUAACUUUUAAAUUUCUACAAGUCCAUUUUGGUGGGAGUGUAACUGACAUGUUCGUAUUUGACAACAUUUAUUGUGGAAUUUUAUAAAACUUCCCUUGUAUCUUCAUUAAUAGACUAGUUACUACAUAAAACAGCGAGAAGAUCAGAUUUUAUGACAUUGGACAUAGAAUGUAGACUGACUACAUACAUUAACUUUGAAAUGAAUGUGGAAAUAAUAUUAUAUCAUAGUCUAGGAGCUAGUCUACUUAGUAAGCAUUUACUAGUAUAGUUGGCAAUACAGUACACGAUGUGAUUAAAAUGUGAAGAAAAAAACAACAGUACAUGUAUUUAGCCAUUGUGACUGUUUCUUUACUUCUGUUAUCGGUUAUUAUCAUUAAAUUAACGACUUUUAUUCUUUUUCAUCUAUUCAACAUUCACAACAUUCAAUUACGCUGUUGUUGUUGUUUUUUUUUAAGAAAACUAAUUAAUUUUUUCAUUGGUAAGAUUACCGCCUUGUACAUAUUUAUUUUAUCGCAGUCGAAAAGCCGUACGUGAUAUGUGCCUUUAAAUUCUGUUUUCUAUUCCGAUCCGAUCAGCUACAGUUCGUUUUGCAUCAGAAAACUGAAAAAUACAAUUCUAGUUUUACAAAUUAACAGUGACAUAAUAUUUAAAUGCGAGACAAUGUAUCUGAUGUCUUGAUAUUUUAUUCAAUUAUAGUUGCAGUAUGUACAGUAGUUGGCGUAUUUAGCUAAGGUUAGAUUACAUUUUGUUUGUAAAGUGUAAGUAUACUUUAAAACCGUACUGAAGAUACCGAAAAAGUUUAAUUCAAGAAGGGCUUAUUAAAUUGCCCACUUGUCAUCUUGUAGUAUAGCCAUACCAUACCUGUAUUAGAACAUUUUUGUAUGUUUUAACUCAAUGAUUUACAUGAAGUUUAUGUGGGGGAAAAUAGCUCACUAGGUUGUGACGGAAACAUCGUAAAUCAUUAAAGGAGACGCUUCCGAUUUUGAAAUAAAAUUAUCUAUCAAGAUUAAAAUCUUUAAUGCGAACUUGAUAUGUUGCGUUUAGUCAUUAAAACUCGAGAUAUUUACAAUAUUCCCUCCAGAGCAUUUCAAUGAAAUAAAUCGUUCCACGGCAAAAACGGAAUAUUUAAUAGGAUAUAUUAAACUUCAUCCAGUUUAUGUUCAAGUAUUGAGUGUGUUUUAAACAGUAUAUUAAAGGCAUAUGUGAAAUACAUCAUUAAUUUCAUACUAUA